AUGCGCAGCUCAAAAGGCUCUCGGUCACGUGCGGCAGUGCCCAAAACCGCUCCGACCACCGUUUGUUACUGGUAAAUCAACAAGUUUGGCAGCAUUUGUGAAAAUUAAUUUUUUGCAGUGAUGGAAAGCGAGAAUUGGGUUCGGUGGAGGUAGUGUGCUCCACGUGCCUCAAAUGGUUUCACGGGCGGUGUUUGAACGAUUACGGAGGCUUGUAGGUUGAAAAAAUUGACGAGUGUCAAAAAUUUUGAAAAACUACUCAAAAUUCAAAUUUUCCAGAACCAGCAGUGGAGUACCGUUCAUGACGUGCUACACAUUCACCUGUAAGAUGUGCAGACCGCUCGGCGAAGAAUGGAAGCCAAAAAAAGCGGAUUUGGUGCAAAUGUGUGUGACAGUUUUUGCAAAACUCAGCGCCGACAAGCUGAAUGAGGUCGGAAAGCUGUCCGCAGAUAUUAUUCCCGAAGAUUUAACCUUUUUGAGGUGGAAAAUUCCUAAAAAUCGUUGAGAACCCCCUAAUUUUCAGCCUCAACAACACAAUCGUACCGUACAUGGACGAAAAUUGGCACAUGCUCACUGCGAUCAAAAAACGGCAUCAGUGGCAUUCGAAUUUGGCGGUGAUUCUGCAAAAAGAGCGAAACGUGUUCGUGGUAAGCAUCGUAUCUUGAGCGACAAAAUGAGAAAAUUGCGAAUUUUCAGCAAAACGAGUCGGAUGAGGAUCUUUUUGCGCUCGCCGAGAAGAAUUUGGCGCUCUUAGGUCCAUUGCACGAGGCCGUCAAGCAGGUAUGCUCAAUUUUUCAAAAAAAUUAAGCAAUUAUCGGAAAAAGCACGAGAAAGUGUAAAAACUUUUGCUAAAGCCCGGCCAGAUUCAGAUCGGAAAACGUCCGGCGUCGGAAAGAGAGGUUCGGGAGCCUCGCCACGUAGAAUUGCCGCCCAUCGAGGGACCGAAAACGCGCGGCGCAUCGAAAAGACGGCACGCCGAAGGAGCGACCGCGCCCGGCAAGAAACAAAAGUUGUGAGUGACAAAAUGCAACAACACGCCUAAGAUAAUCAAAAUUAGGAAAUUUUCGAUGAAACCUCUUGAAAAUAUUUCUUUGAAAGAGUGAAUUUGUAAAAAUCGAACCCUCCUCACGUGUAGAACGGUAUAAAGUUGCGAAAGUUCUUCCAGGGCGGCCGAUUACUCGUCGACGGCGAUUCCGGGCGGCGCGCAAGUCGACAUUCCGUUCAGCAAAGACAAUUAUCGCUAUUUUCUGACGGAAACCGAUCCGAACGUGCCGGAAGAGUGAGGAAAGUGGGCGAAAUUGGAGAAAGUUGCAAAAUUUCAGCACAAAUUGGCAUCAGGACAACACGGGCGUCUACAAAAUCCCGUCGGCUCAGUAUCGUGUUCUUUUGAAUCCGACUGUGACUGUUUCGUCGAAUGACAGAGCUUUUCAGGUGCGUUUUGUCAAACAUCGACAAAAUGUUCAUUUCGCGAUUGCAGUUGUCACUUGGCCCCCAAAAUGCGGUGACCGGCUUCGAAGGGUACGCGAUGGCACGUGCCAGCCACGGAAUUUCCAAAGGAACCUGGUAUUUCGAGGUGAAUUUCGACGAACAGCCCGGAAAUUCGGCCAUUCGCAUCGGAUGGAGCCAGCAGCACGGUUAGUCAAGAAAUGGAUUAUAUGAUGGAAAUAAAAUUGAGGCAAACUAAAAUUCUAACGUUACUCUAGGUGUUUCUUCGAAAAAUUCGUUUCGUAAAAUCACACUCUGGCACAAAAAGCGGAAAAAAAAUCGUAAAAAACAACCUCUUUUCCAAGAAAAAGAAUGAUAAAAGAGACCAGACUUGUCAAAUUACGGGUCGGCCCGGCUCAAAAGGCGCGAAUUCAAAUUUUUGGGGGAAAUCUAUUUUUUUCGUUUUUUUUUGCGGGGAUCAAAAUUAAAACUUUUGCUUUGAUGCCAAUAAAAACUAUUUUUUAAACUACAUUUCUUUUUUAUGCUCGAUACUUGCAAAAUUCGUUAGUUCUACGAAAAACAAACAUUUUAUUUAAUCAAUAGUUCAAAAUUUGGAUUCCCGCUUUUUGAACCGGGCCGGAGUUUUGAAAAUUUUGGCCCGGCCCGGCCCGUGGCAACUCUGAAAGAGACAAAACAGCGAACAGAAUUCUAGAAUCGACCGAAAAUACGGUAUUUCGUGGUGCCCGCGCAGGUCAAAUACGGAAGGGUCUCGCAGCGAUCGGACAAAUUUAUAGGCGCGCAUUCAAAACUAGCGCGCGUUGCGGUCUUUGGGCCGACCAGGAGGACGGGGAGAAAAAAAAGAGGAUCGCUCUCGCCGGAUAGUCAUCUCGGACGGAAGGACCGCAGAACGCGGCGCCAGACUACAAACAAAUGAUGACAAAACCAACGAAACAGUCGUAAACAUCGUUUGAUCUAUGUGACAAUCCUUGAACGGUCUUGACCCGGUCACCAAUUGUCAUCAUUUUGGCGUCCCGUUCUGCGGUCCUUCCUUCCGAGAGGAGGACCAGAGCGAUUCUCUUUUUUUUUCUCCAACCUCGCCUGCCGUCGCAAAGGCCGCAACGCGCCCACUGUAACUUUAAAGGCGCAUCCCAUUUCUCCGAAAACUUUGCCAAUAUCGCUGCGAGACCCAUAUGACCUACGACCCGCGCACCGCGAAACUAUCGAUGUUCACUUGUUUUUCUCAUUGUUCUUGUUUCGUUUAUCGGAAAACAUGAAGGAAACGUGUUGUUGUCGAUAUUUUUCGUCAGAAAACAGUGCGUCAGCGCGUCUUUCGAUAGGAAAUUUCUAGAAACUGUCGUUGAAAGCAAUGCAUUCACUUUCUUUCCACCUUUUUCACUUCGAUUAUGAUGGAAUGUAGUGGAACAGAAAAAUUAUAUGAAAUGCAUCACUUUUGCGGAAACUUAGAAAGAUGAAUAAGCUUCAACAGAAACUGUUUUGCAGCGGUCCUCCAGGCAUGCUGCGGCUACAACAAGUUCUCGUACGGAUGGAGAUCGCAGAAAGGCACGAAAUUCCACGAUGGAAAAGGAAAAACGUAUUAUCCGGCUGGAUUUAAGGUACAUUUGCCCUAUUUUAUUAUGGCGGUACAAGCCUGCUCCCCGGCUACCCCGGGUUUCAGGCUUGACUACUAAGAGUUCUAUUUCGUUGCAGUCCUUUUCCGUUGUAGCGUCGUUUAUAAAAAUGUUGCAGGCCGGUGACAUCCUGGGCUGCUUGAUCCACUUUCCGGUGGACGAUCAGCUGCUGGUCCCGCUGGAUCAGUCGUCGGAAACGUACCUUCCGUCCUCUUUCAAAGACGCCAACCUCAUCAAUUUCAAAUCGAACCUUUUCUUCGAAGUGCAGGGCGAUUCGACCGUCGCCGUCAAGCAUUUGGUACCGGUCCCCGGCAGUUAUGUACGUUUUGUAGAAAACUACUUUAUUAAAGGUGUCACGCAAGGCUGAGCAAUUUGGCUAGGAAUCUUAAACCACUUGCGAUGGUCCGAUGGGGACCAAACUUUGCAGGCCUCUUGCAAUUGGAUUGAAGUAUCUUGGGUCCGAGUGUCACAUCGGUCCGAUCAUUUGGUCCCGAGAUAUGUGGAUCUCGAUACCAGAUAAUCGGAUCAGUCUGAAACUUGAAUCCAAUAUACUUGAAUCCAAGUCCAAUAAGGCUGCGAAGUUUGGUCCCCAUCGGAAUGUUGCAAGUGGUUCAAAAGUGAAUUUUUUGUGAAAAGUCCAGGACAAGGCCCGGUCAAUUGCACAUAACAAUUUUUUUAAAUCGUAAAAUCAUUUGCAGGUCGAAUUUUUCCACAACGGAAAAUCGUGCGGAAAAGCGUUUGAGAACAUCUUUGGCGGCACCUAUUUCCCGUCGGUGUCCAUUUUUCAGAGUGAGUUAUUUGGGCCUAAAAGUUCAACAAAUUUGUGUUGCAGGAGCGUCGGUGACGAUGAACUUCGGACCGAAAUUCAAAAGUCUGCCACGUGGCGCGCAGGGGAUGCACGCGAGAGCCGAAGAGCAGCAGUACGAGCAGUCGCUCUCGGACAUUCUCUAUUUGGUGGCCAAGGACCACGUGAACCUGCGGCUGCCCGUCAAAAAUGAGCCAAAACAGGAGAUUUACUAG